AUGGCGCGUCUUGCAGCUCUUCUCGGUCUUGCUACCGUCAUCUCCCAAUGCUCUGCACAUUUCCUCUUGAACCAUCCCGUAACCUAUGGCUUCAACGACGAUGCAGAGGGAACAGCUCCUUGCGGUGGAUUUUCCGUUGCUUUUGAUCACAAUGUCACAUAUUUCCAUGUCGAUGGAGAUUCAAUUUCAAUGACCACCACUCACCCAUCUACAACAUGGUUGCUCCGAGCAAUGGUGGGAAGUGACACUGCCGCCGCAAACUGGACCAACCUCAUUCCCACUGUCCAACAAUCUGGUCUCGGCGAUUUCUGUCAACCAAGCGUGACGGUUCCAUCUACAUUCGCUGGAAACAAGGGUGUCAUAAAUGACUUCUCUACCAAUGCGCCGCCGUGUCAUUCGUUCAAGGAUCUGCAACCGACGUUCCUUCCUCAUGCAAGAAUGGAACCGGGGUAUCGGCAAGCUACGCUGCUGACGCAGCCCUCUCCAGCCUCCCGGCCUCCGCGACUGCGACUGCGACCGCGACCGCAUCCUCCUCGAGUGGAACAGCUGCCGCAUCAAGUUCUAGCGCGGCUGGCGCUUUGA